AUGCAAAGUCCUUCAACAUGCAUUUUAACGAGAAUCAAAGAUUAAACUAGAUAAAUAAAUAGAAUUAAAUGCUUUUAGACAAACUAAUUGAAAUUUCAGAAGAAUCUAAGAGCAAUGUCUCAGAAGAGAAAAUAAGCAGCCAUGCAAAUAUACACUGAAAAUUAAUAAUUGGCAUAAAGAUUGUUGAAUUAGAGAUCGUUUAUAAACAAAGCUUAAAUUUAAAAAGAAAUAGAGGAAUAUGAAAAGCUCAAAGCACAUAUGCAAAAAGUAAAACCUAGUGUUUCAAGAAAAAGGAAUGCAAGUGCUCAGCAGACAUCUAACCUCCCUCCUAUCAUUUAGCAUUCUAAAAACUCAUCUAGCAAUGCUUAAAAUAGAAGAAAACUUAAGAAAAUUAAUAAUUCACAUACCUUGAAUAAAAGUGCUUACGAUAUAAAUCAUAAUGGGCACAACGCUCAAAGGCACAGAGACGAUAAUUUAAACUAUUUAAAUCAAUCUGAAGCAGAUAUAAUUAUAAAUUAAUAUGAUACUGGUAAUAUUCAUAAUAGUAAUUCUAUGCCUGCUUAUUAACCGUCUCACAGUGCAAAUAUACAUAACCCUAAAGAAAGAGAAUAUACUUUUACUUCUCACCCUUCUUCAAUAAGAGGUUCAUAAAAUUUGACUCAUGCAGCAAUAUUGGAAGAAGAUGAUUAAACAGAAAAUUAUGGUUAAAAAAAUAAUUAAAUAUCUAACUUUUACAGAAACAGCAAUCGCACUCCAAGUUAAAGCCAUUUUAAUAAUAACAAUAAUAAUAUUUAAGAAGAAAUUUAUUAAUAAAAUUAAUACUAAAAUAACUAAAAGUAUAAUUCAGAAAAAUAGUCAAAUUAGAAUAAUAGUAAUAAUUCAUAGAGCUAAAGCUAAAAUAAAUUUUAUGAAUCUAAUGCUUAAAAUAGGUCAAAAAAUAAUUCAAAUGCAUAGACAUUUAACAACUCUCUUAAUUAAAGUUAGUCAUCAAAGCUUCCACAAUAGCAGAAUCCCUAGUAAUAGUAUACUUCAAAUAGAAGUAGUCUACCUUAAUAAUCAAAAUAAGAGUCUAAUAAUCCUUCUAAUCAACAAUCAAAUUAACAGUCAUAAAAUUAAUCAUUUUAUUAGCAAUAAAAGCAAGAUAGUUCUCCUAAGAAAUAGAGUUAAGAGUAAAUAGUGUUCGAUAAUCACCCAUAAUAGUAAAACUCUCCACAGUAAUCAGAUUAACAAUAAUAAUAUUAAUCACGUUAAUCUCCUUAAAAUUCAUAAAUAAAAUCACCACAAUAGCAAGAAAUUCCUAAAACAAAUCAAUGA